AAUAGAAAUGUAUUUUUAGAAUGUGGUAGUUUUAUAUCAUGAGAGGGUUCUAUGGAAGUCAUUUGUUAACAUUUUACUAUCUAAACGUUUGUAUCGCAACGACCGCCCUCAGUUUGAAAUGAACAUAGACUGCUGAUUGGCCACCAGGUUGCCUGACGUGGUGGGGGUGUGGCUGUGAAGACAUGGAUAAUUGGGUUGAUCGCAAUGAACAGAAUCAAUUGCUGCUAUCUUCGGACGCAGAGAGCACCUUUUGCUUCAACAGCUUCUACUUUGACAACAAAGCUUUGGAUUCUACUUGACUACACGACUGGGAUUCACUCUUGAAAAGGUACACAUUGUUUGCAUGGUAUUGCAUUGCAGCCAAUGAGUUCAAAGAGGUUGGCCAGGCAGAUCUACACAAAGGAAUGGAAGAGGGCGCGGCGAGAGGUGUUGAAUGUGCGAGCACUGGUGCGUGCCCAGCUGGAUGCAGGAGAUGCAGCAAACAGGGCAGAGGAGUCUGCGUGAGAUGCAGCAAGCAGGGAAGAGCAGGCUGCGCGAGAUGCAGCAAGGACAGGCCAGGCUCUGCAAGAAGCAGAGCAACAACAUAAUGGACCUCAACACAUGCCAGAGAUACAACCGGCGGAGAUUGAAGAACAGCCUGAGUUCAUGGCAGAGCCAACAAGUUCAGUCAGCAGCUCGGAGCAGGACAGCAGCAGUCCCUCAACCCAUGUCAGUCCAGCACCCAGCCGUCGGACAUUGGAAGAGUCGUACAUUGAGGAACAAACAUCAUCCGACCCAGUUGAGGGAAUGACCCAUGGCGAAGAGGAGGGGGCUUCAGGCAUGGCUGCCGUAAUAAGGCUCCUGGAGGAACGAAAGAGGCUCCUAUUGAGGACGACGGAUGACACAAAAAGAACCAUGGAAGAGCACAUGGGGCGAAUGACUAGGAGAAUGGAGGCUAUGGAAAGGAGGAUGGAGGGUAUGGAGAGGAAGUCAGAGACAUUGGAGGCUGCUGUGGUCUCGAACCCGCCUCAGCCUCCUCUGCAGGAAGAUGUGCUGUUGGGCCUAUGCAGCACGCUGGAGGAGCUAGACAGGAGUCUGGCUCAACCAGAAAGAAGGAACCAAAUAAAACAUUUCCUUGAACGCCUGGGAGGGGCGAAUCCGGGGGCAGCCAUUCGUCGCAUUCUACGCCAGGUGGCUACCAACAAUGUCCUGGCGCAGUACAGCCUGAGGGGGAGGAGAGCAAAAAAGCCUUUCCAGAACGUAACCCUUUGCAAAAUUAUAACGGAAGGUAGCUGAUAUUGAGGAGUGCAUUGGGCAUGCACUGAAGUUUGCACCACACAGAUGGUCAGCUGAUCCUCAAGAUUGAAGACGUACACCAACUUCUAUGCACACGCACCCGUUUUUGGCAUUUCUAAAAUUUUUCUUAUUUUUUGCCUUUAUUGUAUUUUAUUAAGAAAUAGUUUUCAUAAUUGUCUAUAGUUGUCAGAUGUUUUAUAAUGUAUAAUAAUGUUGCACUGUGUUGCUGAUGUCCUUACCAAUGUU